AUGCUGGAUCCCGUUGAGCUAUCUGUGUUCCCCUCCUGCACUGACGCCAUCUCUUGGUCCUCGGACGGCGAGCUUGCAGUUGCUGCCGGGGAUUACUUUCAGAUCCUGACGCCAAAAAGUGGCAAACAUGAGGGACCAACACCAAAUGCAACACGGGAUUGGCAAAUAACCCGCGUCAAGGCCAAUCUAUUCACGCACCCUGAAUGGCCCACUUUCCUCGCCCAAGAUCGGAAUGACUUCUCGAUCGCCGCAGAGCAAUCGAACAGCACAGUAGUUGGUUUGGCCUGGUCACCACCUGGACUAGGCAAAUUCCGACGCAGUGUGCUAGCCGUGUUAACCUCCAAUCUGCUUCUAUCCCUUUGGGAGGCAGUCGGUCCACAGAAGCAGUGGACCCGAAUUGCUAUCGUCAACCACGCGUUGCGGUCUCAAUCGGGAGAUUCUGAGCAAGCGGAGGGCAUCUCGUUUCGAAAAGAUAACAUUCGAUCCUUCAAUUGGUGUGAACCACUGAAGGCUUCGACUCUCCCCGCUGGUUCUUCUUUUCUACCCGCAUACGAAAGUCGUUGGGGUAUUCCCCUUUUGACUGUGGUGAAUGAGCUCAAUGAAGUAAUUCUAAUACGCCCCCGUAGAUCAGAACUAUCGGAGGGCUCUCCCUGCUCUCAUCAAUUCCAUGUUUUGGCCGUUCACCCCCUCGAGAGCCAGGAACUGAACAAUUCUCACAUCUGCUCGGGGUCCCUUCUUGAAAAUGCUUUCAAAGAGAAACAGCGGGUCAGCUCGGUUUCCUGCGGUCCAUGGCUGGUUUCACCACUGGCGAGCCCCAAAAACUCUGGCUGUGCUGUCGCCAUGCUCGCUCUUGUAUACGGAACCCAACUUCGACUUCUGAAUAUCCAAGUCACUAUCGGAAACUCAAACGUGGAUGAGCUGCAGACGUAUGCCUUGCCAACAGCAUUUAAAGAGCAUCACUGGAGUCUCUCGAGCGAGAAAUUGGCAUCCCUUAACAUUACCGGUCCAUUGCAAUGGCUACAUGAUCAAUCGUGCACCGAACUGUCUCUCGUAGUUGGCAUCAUGGCUGGGUUUAUCACCAUAUCUGUACCCUCUAACACUUACAAUGGCCACGACGCCAAUUUCGACGCUCUCGCAGUUCGCGAGUGGCCAAUCUAUAACCCUGAAACAGAGGAAAAUAUGGGAUGUAAUGAAAGGCACUGGGAGCCUAUAUCUGCCAUGGCCAGUUGUGUGGAUGAACAAAAUGACACAUGCAACCUUUGCCUAGGUACUCUAGGCGGAAUUGGUCUGACCACAGAAAUGCGCCAACUUCAAAAUGGCGACCCCUUGCAGCGGCCACGAUGGAAACAUAUCAUCGAAGACUGCCAAGAGCAGUUUGAUCUGGACCUCGAUUUAGGUGGAAACUCAAUGUCCAGGAUUUGGGGGCUCUCAUCUUAUCGCAAUGUCACAGCGAUCCUCUUCACUAGACACCCGACAGAUAUGCUCGAGUACCGAGUCGCGUCUGACGACAAAUCUACAAUCGUCUUCUCGUCAGAGCUAGAACAUGACCCGGCCACUUCUUUCCUCUUUGCGCCACAAAUUUCCAACGGCGAAAGUCCGGUGCAUGUUCAGCGAGAAUCGGCAUUGAAUUUCGUGUUGCCUGGUGAUGAUGGUGACGUCGAACCUGACGCGGAGAGCCAGCAACUGGUUUAUGUCGCCAUCUGCUGCACCAUUACGGGUAGUAAAAACAAGUCGCUUCUGACACAUGCUCGAAAGUCUCUAGAGCGUCUGGCAAUUGUUACAGGCGCCGACCUCAGUGAGGAGAUGCGCAAAUGCAACGGCGAAUCAACCGCAAUUGCUGCGAGGGCUGCGGAUCAGCUCAGUGGCCCAGGCGGCCAGGUUUUCGAGCGGUGCGACAUCUGUGAUGCUGGGAUCGGAUGGCACUCAGCCCAGGAGGCUAAGUGUGCGAAUGGUCAUCUUUUCAAAUACCUUGACGAAGACUCUUUGGUUCUGAUGCGUGGUGGUUUAUAG